CGGAGCCGCGCCACCCAGAGACAGUCGGCGCUCGUCGCGAGUGCACAGUGCGGAGCAGUGCGGAGCAGUGCGGACCGCGUUCACUGGGAUACGACUCGACGACAACAUGGCCGCGACCGCCAGGCCUCCCUGGGCCGUGGUCCCCAAGGCGCCCGCUCUCCUGUUACUGCUGCUGGCCACGGCGGCCGCCUCCGAGGUGACUAAAGAGCCCGAACUUAUCACGGAGCCCCGCCCCGGCCAGGAGUACGUCCUCGUGAAUAGCCGCAACACCACAGCGCUGCACGACCACAAGCACGAGGCUCACCACAAGAAAGCGACCGCCCUGCCGCCGUCGUCCGCCUUCAAGACGUCGCACCAGAUCCCCGUGCCGGUGGUGCGCGCCGCGCUCUCCACCGACAAGCAGCUGAAGGCCGGCCUCGACCCGCGCGACGAUGCCGCGGACGGCUUCGCCACCUCGCACAAGAUCACCCGGGAGGCGCCGAGCUCGGCUGCCUCGGCGCGCCGCCUCGACGACAAAUACGACCGGUCGCUGGAGGAAUCCGAGAGCGGCCAGUUCGACACGCCUGCCCCGCCCGCCCCGCCCCGCCAGAGCCUGCCCGGCACCAAGAUCCUCAAGCUACUGGGCGGCUCGGCCCACGACGACCUGCACCUGCCCCUCGUCCAGCUCAACCCCGCCAUCCUGCCAGGUGUCGCAGGCGUGGAGAUCCGUCCUGAGGGCCACAGUGGUGUCCGGGGCGUUGCCCUACCUGCCGACGAUGGCGAAAAGAAGAUGAUGAAAGUGAUUGUGUCCAUCUGGUGGCGGAGGCCUAAGCACAAGACCCGCAAGGCUGCCGUGGCCAGCGCCGAGGACGUGACCAGCACCGCCGCCGGCCUGGUGGAGCCCGCCGGCACGGCCAAGCCCAUCAAGCCCCGCCAGGGUGGGCGCAAGAAGGUCGUUUCCCUCGCAGCCAACUCCAGCCCCCAGGCGCACACGGGACCCAAGGUUGACCCCGAGUCCAACCGCGGCGUCCUGCUCGGCACGUCCACUGUGACGGAAGUGUCGGUCCGUCUGGCUGGCGAGGACUCGACGCACACCGUCGAGGGCUUGCAGCGCCGCCACGACAUGGCCGACCUGGAGCCGCUCACCACGGCCGUGACCACUGAGCAGCCCCCGACCGCCACGCCCGCUGGCACCACGACCACGGAAGGCGAGCAGGGUGGCUUUGUGUACGUGCCCGUCAACCUGCCGAGCUCAAGCCUGCCCAAGGCUGGCGCUGAGGGCAUCACUGGCAAGCAGCGGCUGCACCAAGACGACGGCAACUUCGACUUCGUUGACUCUCCGCUGGGCGACAAGGUGCUGGUGCCAGCCGGCUCGGCGCCCUCGCAAUCCUCCCGCGUCAACGUGAAGAAGGGCCCCAACGGCCAGGAUUACGAGUACGAGUACGUGUACUACUACUACGACGAGGAUGAAGACGAGAACGCCACCAACGCGCCCAACGCCAACGCCGGCAGCAACUCGGUGUACACGCCGCCGCUCGUGUCUCAGACUCCACUCAAGACUCCACCGCAGCCCGCCCCCUCGGCCCCCGCCCAGGUGGCGCCGGCCGCCCCCGCCAGGCCCAACUACAGCAGCCCGCCCAGGUACUUCAGCCCCACCGAAGCCCCCGCGUUCUCCCCGCAGCCCGAGGCGGUGGAGGAGGACAUCGACCAGGAUGAGGAGGUGCCGACAAGGCCCGCCAGUCCGCCCAGGAACAGGUACACCAGCAUCGAGCGCACCACACCCGAGCCAGCGGCUGCCGUCAACGAGGUGCUGCCCCCACAGAAUGCCGUCCGCUCAAGGGGCCGCGCCGAACAGCAGGCCAGCCAGCCCGCCAGCCAGCCCGCCAUACCCGAGGAACGCCUGCCCGCUAACACCCGCUUCCCUCCCAGGUCGAGGGCCGGCCCGGUGACCACCCUGCCGCCCUCCACGGACACGCCCAUCACCAGGGUGCGAGUCCAGCAAGCUCAGACACCUGGAGCCAUCCGCCGCCCCGGCCUGGACCUCGUGGACUCCUCGUCCUUCCGCACGAACAGCGCUGACUCAUCCCCGGAGCAGAACAGCUACCCCUCGGCGGUGAGCCACCAGCCAGGCCGCCAGCAGACAUACCGCGAGCCGCCCGCAAGGACACCGGCGGCCGUGCCGGUUACUCAGGACGACGAGUACACCCCUGAGCCUCCACAGACCCACCUGCACCACCAACGACCCGAAUUCCCCUCCCACCACCGUUUCCAGCCCGAGGUACAGUCUCAGUCCGAUCCCGAACAGGACGCCCCGGUCCGACAGAGACUGCCUACCGCACCCACUACUCCCGAACCUGCUUUGGCUCCCCAAGUCCCCGUUAGUCGUCGCCCAGUGCAGCAACCUAUCCAGCAGGUGGAGGAGAUCGAAUUUGAGGAUGACGAGGAUGUGGAGGAAGAGGAGAAGGUCCCUAUUCGCACUCCCCAGCGCUUACCUGCACACCAACCCUCUGCACAACCCUCUCCCCAUCCUAUCCAGUACGCAGACACCCCCCUCCGACAGCCCGUUGACUCUCCUACCCCUGCACGCCACCCUACCUACCACGCUGUCCCUGCACGCUUGCCUGCCCAGGAAGAGGCCCCAGCACCAACCCCCGCCCCUGUACAGUACGCGACCCCCGCCCGUCGCCCAGCCCAGCAUGAGAAUGCUGCCCAGCGCCCGGUCCCACAACAGGCCCCCGCUCAGGACAUAAACCAGGAGUCUCCUGUGCAGUACGAGAACAUCCCUCGCCGCCCUGUGAACUACGAGGAGCAGCGCGUUCAGCAGGACACCCCGUCCGAGACACCCGCGCGCCGCCGCCCGGUGCCACAGCAACAGGAAGACUCCCCACCUAGCACAGUGGCCCCCAGCACGGCACGCUUCUCGCACGCACCCCCUCGGUCCAGGCUCCGCCCUCAGACCAGCGGACCUCAGCCUGCACCCGCGACUGAAGAACACACCGAGGACCCUGACCGACAAGCACAGCAGGACCACCUUGCGCGUCACCCUCCUCGCCGCCCCGGUCAGCACGAAACACCAGCACGGCACCGCCCCCAGAUCCCCGGAGCACAACCCGCUCCCGAGCCCUUGGAACAAGGUGGCACUCCCGCCAGAGGCCGUCCCCAGAUCCCUGGUGCGCACCCUGCUCCCGAGGCUCACGAACAAACCGGCACUCCCGCCAGAGGUCGCCCCCAGAUACCUGGUGCACACCCUGCUCCCGAGGCUCACGAACAAACCGGUACUCCCGCCAGAGGCCGCCCCCAGAUCCCUGGUGCGCACCCCGCUCCCGAGGCUCAUGAACAAACUGUAACUCCCGCUAGAGGCCGGCCCCAGGUCCCUGGUGCGCACCCUGCUCCCGAGACUAACGAAGAAACUGUCACUCCUGCCAGAGGCCGUCCCCAGAUCCCUGGUGCGCACCCUGCGCCCGAGGCCCCCGAGCGUACUGGCACUCCCCCUAGAGCCCGUUCCCAGAUCCCUGGUGCUCAGCCGGCGCCCGAGACCCCAGAACAACCUGAGGCCCCUGGCCGCCGCCCAGUCCAUCAUGAGGCUCCCGCCCACCACAAUGCGCGCCGCCCGACGAACCAAGACGCCCCUGAGCAACAUGACACCCGACGUCCUCACCCAUCCAUAAGACGACCCCCAGCACAGCCAUCGCCACCCCGCACCGCUGCCGUCGAAGAGGCUUCCGCUGUAGAACAGCAGGCUCCCGUGCAGGACGAGGCACCUGCUCGACGUCCACACCCGGCCAUCAGACGCCCCACAGUGCAGCCGGCUGCCCGUCCCGAACAAGAGACUGAUGUAGAACAAGAGGCCCCCGCCAGGCGGCCACUCCCAGGACGCCGCCCUCCUGUCCAAGACACCCCGAGCCCCAUCCCCGCACGCCGCCCCGUGCCGGUGACCGCUCCUGAGCAGGAGGCCCCGGCCCCAGUCCUGGCCCCCGCCGAGCAGGAGGCCCCGGCCCCGGCCCCCGCCGACCAGGAGGCCCUCGGCCCAGCCUUCCCCGCCCCGGCCCGCCUCCCCACCGGCCCCCACAGGUUCCUCGGCGUGACUCCCAAUGAGGACAGGCCUGCACCUGUCGUCGAGCAGGACGAAGAGGACGAACCCGCCUCCAGCCUCCCGCCCGCGCCCAGGACCACUCACGCCCCGCCGCGGUCGAGGCUCCGCGGCCCUCAGGUACCCCACGGCGCCCAACCCGCGCCCGAGGUCGCCGAACAGGAAACGACCGCGGCCCCGACCCCCGCUGCGCAGCCCACCAGGUCGCGCGGACGUGGAUCCAGCCGCAGCACCACGCCACGCACCACCACCGCGCGCGUGGAGGAAGAAGAGGAGGAGGAAGCUCCCACCAGGCCCACCCGCCCCGCCCUUCGCAGGCCGACGACCACGACCACCACCACAACAACGACCACGACAACAACCACUCCGCCGCCGCCCCCGAGCACCGAGCCGCCCACCACGUCAACUACGGAGCCACCCAGCACUGCCCACACCGAUGAUACCACAGCGCACACCACAGCGAGCGACAUCGGCGCGCUGGACCUGUACGCCAUCCUGCAGCAGACACGCGUGGACGCGGCCAACACGGUGGACGCGCACGACGAGCUGGAGGCAACGGUGCCAGUCAGCCCCAGUCUCCCGACCAGCGUCGGCCUUGACCUGCCGGCCUCUGUGUCCGUGUCCGUCGUGACCAGCAGCCCCGAGGUGGCCGAGGCGACGCCCGAGGCCGCCGUGUCCUCCGUGUCCGCCGAGUUCCUGGAGGAGGUUGCGACGACAACCACCACCACGCCCGCACCCACGACCACCCAACCCACGACCACCACCACCACGACAACCACCACGACGACAACCGAGGCACCUGCGGCUCCUGGCCGUGGUCGGUACCGCACUCGGCCCGGAGUGUCCCGCCGCCCCGCUGGCGCACCCAGCACGGCCGCGCCCGCCCAGCCCCAGCAGGCCACCACGGAGCAGCGCGCCCCCGGCGGCUUCCGGGGCCGCUACCGCGGCGGCCAGGGCCAGUCCACCACGACCACCGAGGCUCCCGCGGCCGGAGCCAGCCCCGCGCCCGAGGGAGAGGAGCAGCCCAAGCGCAGCCGUUUUGGCCAAAGUAGAGUUCCCGCCGCUCGGCCGGCCGCAGGCGUGUACGGCGGCCGCCGAGGCUCCUUCAGGACGUCCACGGCCAAGCCGGAGGGAGAUGCCCACGUCGAGGAGACCGUCGAGAAGAAGGAGGCCGCCAAUGCUGAGGCCGCACCUAACAGUGGAGAGGAUGCGGCACCCGCAGCUCCCGCGCCGAGGAGGCCUGGUGUCCCUGGCGCUGGCGCACGCAACCGCUUCCGAGCGACCGGCCCCCGCGUGCCCGUCGCCACCACCGCCGCCCCCGCCGACCAGUCCGCUCAGCGCCCCAACAACAUCGCCGAGCGCUUCAGCCUGCGCAGGCGCGGCGGCGCCCGCAACGGCCAGCCCACCACGACUGAGGCCAGCCCCGCGGCUGCCGAGGAGGAGGAGGGCGUGACCAGGGACGACGCCGGCCACGACUCGAGCUCCGCGCCCUCCAGCGCGGCGGAGACCACAGCCCCGCCUGCCACCCCCGCAUCGAAGCCCGCUAGGGGACGUGUGAACCUCGGCGGCGGCGCUCGGCCCCUGAGGCCAGGCCCGCGGGUCAACAUCCAGCCCCGCCCCCGACCUGGCCAGCACACCACGGCCGCUCCCGCUGCCCCCGCCGCCGCCCCCGCCUCCGCAGAGGACUCUGCGGCCAGCCCAGCAGGUGCACCCGAAGAGGCGGCUGCCGCCCCCGCCGACUCACAGGAGGCCGCUGAGCAGCCCGCCACCCCCGCCCCGGACGCGCUCUCGAGGCUCAGGUCGCGGCCGCGCCUCCGCGUGCAGGCCACCCCCAGGCCGGCUACGCCGGGCAGCCCUGGCGGCCCCAGGAGACAGCCCUCGCCGCUCCUCAGGCGGGGCUCCAAGACGGCUGCCGAGGCGGCGCCGCCCGCGCCCGCCGAGGAGCACAGCGCCGAGGACUCGACACCCCACGAGGAGACCGAGAAGGCUGUGAGCUCGGAGGAAGCUGCUGCUGACACGGCUACCACGGAGGCUGCGGCGGAGCACAGCACGAGCAGGCUGUCGUCGCUGCUGGGCCGGCGGCGACCUGGUGCUGCUGGGCCCGGAGGCAGGAAGCCCGGCGCACUGUACCGCCCAGGACCGCAGCAGCCCGCUGAGGAGGGCGCGUGAUACAGCCAUCCCCAGUCCUAUUUGUACCAGAUUUAAAUUAUGGCAGCUAAUGCCGAUACAGGGUCGCCAUGCCAGGCAUGUAGUCGUUGCGGUCAAUCUCCUGGCCGCUGGACUUAGACAGAGAACGUGGCAGGUGGCAGCGCAUGGCAGCGGCAGCACCGUCUCACUCGGAGAUGGUGCGCACGGACAAAACCCUAGCCUCACGCAGGGUUGACGAGAGAACCAAAGUGGUGUCCAGCUGACUGGAAAGACAUAUUUCGAGAUACAUGGGGGGAGGGUUGCGCCUUUUCUGAAGAUGUGCGAUUGUGAUUGUGUGUGUCCAAUGCAAAGUAAAAGAUAUAAACAGUAUGCCUGCAAUUGCCAAGCUGCCCUGCUCACUGUUCGAGUUCUAGAUUUCAUUGAUAAAACAAAAACUUAUAGCAACCCUCUCCCCGUGAGUCUCAAUGCAGUGCACACGCACUGCAAACUUUUGACUGACGCUUAGUGGGAAAAUCUGCAUAUUUCUUGAACAGUCUCCAUUGAAAAAUGGUGUUGUGGACGCAGAAAGAUAACAAGAUGAGUGAUAAAAUGUGUACCUAGGUAUGUUGUUAUGUGAAAAAAAAAAGGUAAUUGUGAGCGCCUUCUACAAAAAGUGCUGUAUAGUCACAGUGUAAAAUUAAGGAGUGAAUGAAAUGUGUUACCGUUGUGGCAGCAUCAAAAGUCACUGCCCAGUCAUAGCGGGAGACACAGUCGAGUAUUGAAAAACCAUUUAUGUGCCAAUCCUGUGGAAAUUUUGUAAAUAAAUAAUUUAAAAACCUUCCAAGUA